AUGAAUUCUACCGCUUUUUGUGACAAUACUUUAACUUCAGGGCCCACUGGGCAUGGUUUUUAUCCUUAUGAAGCUAAUGGCGGCACUGCAGUGGCAAUUGCAGGAGAGGAUUUUUGUGUGGUAGCUUCGGAUACUCGUCAAAGUAACGGAUAUCUUAUAAAUGCGCGAUAUUCACCUAAAGCUUUUAAAAUGUCAGAUAAAGCGGUAUUGGCAAAUAGUGGUUUUGCAGCUGAUGGUAACGCAUUAGUUAGAAGACUUGGACAAAGAAUGCAGUGGUAUAGACAUUCUCAUGAAAAAGAAAUGUCAAUAACGGCACUUGCUCAAUUGCUUUCCAAUACUUUGUACUAUAAACGAUUUUUUCCAUAUUAUACUCAGGUUUUGCUUGGUGGUAUUGACGAAAAUGGUGUGGGCGUAGUAUUUAGUUUUGAUCCUGUAGGAUCCUACGGUUCAGAAAUCUGUAGAGCCGCUGGGACAGCUGCUGCAUUAAUUCAACCAUUUCUUGACAAUCAGGUCGAACUUAAAAAUAUGCAAAUUGGAGAAAAACCACGUUUGUCCUUAGAUCGAGCACUUUGUAUCGCAAAAGAUGCCUUUACGUCAGCUACUGAAAGGGAUAUUUAUACUGGAGAUUAUCUUGAAAUUUAUAUUAUCAAAGGAGAUGGUGUUACUAUUGAGAAUUAUCCAUUGAAGAAAGAUUAA